AUGUCAGGCAGAGGCAAAGGAGGAAAGGGUGUCGGAAAAUGUGGCGCUAAGCAUCACAGGAAAGUCCUACGUGACAAUAUCCAUGGUAUUACCAAGUCUGCAAUUCGUCGCUUGGCUCGCAGAGGAGGAGUGAAGUGUAUCUCCGGUCUCAUCUAUGAAGAAACACGUGGCGUGUUGAAGCUCUUCCUGGAGAAUGUCAUCCGGGACACUGUCACCUAUACCGAGCAUGCCAAGAGGAAGACUGUCACCGCCAUGGACGUAGUCUUUGCCCUUAAACGCCAGGGUCGCACUCUCUAUGGCUUCGGAGGUUAA